AUGCUUGUGCUAAAGCAGGCACAGCUGGAGCAUAGAUCAUCUCCCUGGGUGCGUCCUGUGUGGCUGAACAGAAAGGUUGAAAGCGAAUACUACACAGCGGUAAGCACCUUUUUAUUACAUCUGCCAUUUUACCGCAUGUCGCCGCAGCUUUUCGACAAGCUACACCGGCUUGUUGCCGAGAGGCUGACGAAACAGCACGUCGUGCGGGAGCCGAUCACCUCCGGCGAGCGCCUGGCGAUCACGGCAGAACCACUGCCGUACUUAUGCUCUGGCAAUCCCAUCAUGGAUAUCGCCAUGGAGUUCCGGGUCGGCCUUGAGACGGCCCGUGAAGCAAUUCACUUGACGUGUCAGGUGUUGUGGGAGGAGCUGGCCCCCCGUUACAUGAAGCCUCCCAGUGAACAGGACUGGCAAACCAUCGCAGAUGCCUAUUGGAUGCGGUGGCAAUUCCCAAACUGCCUGGGGGCUGUCGAUGGGAAACAUGUGCAGGUUGAAGCACCAGCCAACUCGGGCAGCCUCUACCACAAUUACAAGGGCACUUUCUCUAUCGUGCUGAUGGCUGUGGCCGACAGCAGUUACGUCUUCCGGCUGAUUGAUGUCGGCGCUCCUGGUCGCAUGAGUGACGGCGGGGUCUUAAAGAGGUCCCCAAUUGGCCAGCGUCUCCAAGCUGGCUUGCUCGGACUGCCGUCCCGUGCCCAGCUCCCCGGCUCCAAGAUGAUACUGCCCUACACAUUCCUGGGCGACGAGGCCUUCCAGUUGAGGCCCGACUUCAUGAGGCCAUAUCCUGGGUCGAGGGAGGAACCAGCCGAGCGCUGUUUCAAUUACCGACUGAGCCGUGCACGGAGGUGCGUCGAGAACUCAUUUGGCAUUCUGGCUGCCAGAUUCAGAAUAUUCAGGGGGCCCAUUAAGCUAAAACCUGAGAACGCAGAAAAAGUUGUGAAGGCCUCCUGUGCUCUGCACAACUUCUUGAGCCUUGAAGUCGAAGGGCGGUCGGCGUACUGCCCUGCGGGCUUCGCAGACCAUGAGGAUGCCUUCGGCAAGGUUGUUGAGGGCCAAUGGAGGAAAGAAACUGCCACAGACACGGCCACCUUCGACUUGGAGCCCACCCACGCAAGGAGGAGUAAGGAGACAGCACAGGCAGUGCGUGACCACUAUGCGCAAUUCUUCAUGAAGGAAGGAAAAGUGCCCUGGCAGUGGAAGAUUCUAGAUAUAAAAGAGCCAGACAACUGA